AUGGCGCAAUCUACCGCCCACCGCCGUCUGCUCCAGGAGUAUCGCGCGCUCACCAAUAACCCGCCCGAGGGCAUCACUGCUGGCCCCAUCUCCGAAGAUGAUCUUCUUCACUGGGAGUGCCUUAUCCAAGGCCCCGAGGGCACUCCUUUCGAGGGCGGUGUCUUUCCCGCUGAGCUCAAGUUCCCCAAGGACUAUCCGCUUGCCCCGCCAUCCAUGAGGUUCCUCGCUGACGUGUGGCACCCAAACGUGUAUCCUAGCGGCCUUGUCUGCAUUUCUAUCCUUCAUCCUCCUGGUGACGACCCCAACCACUACGAGCACGCGUCCGAGCGAUGGUCGCCUAUCCAGUCUGUCGAGAAGAUCCUCAUCUCUGUCAUGAGCAUGCUCGCCGAGCCCAACGAUGAAUCCCCCGCAAACGUCGAGGCCGCCAAGAUGUGGCGCGAGCGUCGCACCGAGUACGAGAACAAGGUCCGCGAUGGUGUCCGAAGGAUGCUGGGUCUAUAA